GCCUGGAGAAAGGCAACAGGCACCAAAUACAGGAAAUCAUGUGGAGAGGAUCUCUUAUUUAUUAUGGUUCCCAUAUUACUUCCCCUCCCCCAGCCUCCGCCCCCACCUCCAGCCACACUGAGUCUUCCAGCUUUUUCCUGCAGCAGGAGGACAGAAGGCAGUUCACCUCUGCUCCCCAAGGUCUGUCGAGCCCUGAGGAUCUGAAGUCUGGUCUUGUGAAACCCCACCCUCCUGUGGGUGUGUAACUGAACGGGAGCCCCUUGAGUUACACCUCACCUAAGAGGUUCCCGGGAAGAUCUCCAGUACAGGGUCAAAUUUCAGGAGACUGCAAGCCACAGAAGAGAAAGGCAAAGCAACUCAAACGUAAAGAAAUGAAAUCCCCAAGGAGAAUCACGCUGUGCUGCAUGAUUAUUGUGAUUUAUUUUUCCCAAGCUACACCGAACUUGAAUUUAGAGUCUUUUGUUCAUCCCUUGAUUCUCCGUGAACAUGAACUAGAGGGGAAGGAGCCACUAAGGCAAAAACGAGCAGUAGCCUCAAGCACUGCUGCAGCUGGAGAGUACACCGUUGAUGUUGAGAUCAGUUUUGAAAAUGCCUCCUUCUUGGAGCCUAUCAAAGCUUACUUGAACAGCCUCAGUUUCCCAAUUCAAGGGAACAGCACUGACCAAGCCACCACCAUUUUAAGCAUUGAGGUGACAACAGUCUGCAGACCUACUGGAAAUGAAAUCUGGUGCUCCUGUGAGACAGGCUAUAGGUGGCCUCAGGAAAGGUGCCUCCACAAUCUCAUUUGUCAAGAGCAUGAUGGCUCCCCUGCAGGGCAUUGUUGCAAUUGCCUUAAAGGACUCCCUCCCAAGGGACCUUUUUGCCAGCUCCAAGGAGCAGAUGUUACCCUAAGAAUGUCAGUCAGACUCAAUGUGGGCUUUCAAGAAGACCUCAAGAACUCUUCCUCUGCUCUCUAUAGGUCGUACAAGACUGACUUGGAAACAGCGUUCUGGAAGGGUUACAGUAUUUUACCAGGCUUCAAAUUGGUGACUGUGACAGGGUUCAGGCCCGGAAGCGUGGUUGUGACAUAUGAGGUCAAGACUACAAGACCGUCACCUACGUUAAUGCACAAAGCAAAUGAUCAAGUAAUGCAGAACCUUAAUCAGACUUACAAAAUGGAUUACAAUUCCUUUCAAGUAGUUACUAGCAAUGAAACUAAGUUCACCAUUGUACCAGAAAUCACUUUUGAAGGGGAUACGGUAAUGCUGAUGUGUGAAACUGAAGUUUUGUCAUCUAACGUGUCCUGGCACCAUGUUGAAAGGCACUCCGACAUCCAGAACGGCAGCAGAUUCUCAAUUUACACCUUUGUGCUCAACAACAUGACCUCGAUAUCACACCUCACCAUUUACAACGUCACUCAGGGGGACUCAGGUGAAUAUAUUUGCAAGCUGACAUUAGAUAUUUUUGAAUAUGAGUCCAGAAAAAAAAUGGAUGUUAUACCCAUCCGAAUUUUGGCAACUGAAGAAAUGAAGGUGAAGUGCGAUAACAAUCCUGUAUCUUUGAACUGCUGCAGUGAGAUUAAUGUUAAUUGGAGCAUGAUAGAAUGGAAGCAGGAGGGGAAAAUAAACAUUCCAGGAAACCCUGAAACAGACAUAGAUUCCAGCUGCAGCAGAUACACCCUCAAGGCCCACGGGAUGCAGUGUCCAAGCAGGCUGGGUGGAAUGAAGGUCAUCUUCGUGUGUGAGUUCAUCAGCGAGCAUGGAGCCAGAGGCAGUAAGAACAUAGAAGUGACGUUCACCUCCAUGGGAGAUAAUUCCAGCCACAAUGGGGAAGUGCACGAGCUCCUAAGUCAUGUGAUGGAAAUGAGUACAGUUCAGAGCACCACCCGGAACAGCAUAGAAACCAGUAGAGCCCAGGAGCAGCAAGCCAACCUAACAAUAACCCCGGACCCAAUUUCUGUUUCUGAGGGACAAAACUUUUCCAUAAAGUGCAUCAGCGAUGUGAGUAACUAUGAUGAGGUAUACUGGAACACUUCUGCUGGGAUUAAAAUAUACCCAAAGUUUUAUACCACGAGGAGGCGAGCUGAUGGAGCAGAGUCAGUGCUCACAGUGAAGACCGUGACCCGGGAGUGGAAUGGAACUUAUCAUUGCAUAUUUAGAUAUAAGAAUUCAUACAGUGUUGCAACGAAAGAUGUGAUUGUUUACCCGCUGCCUCUAGAGCCAAACAUCAUGGUUGAUCCCUUGGAAGCUACAAUCCCAUGCAAAGGUUCCCAUCUCUUCAAGUGUUGCAUUGAGGAGGAUGAAGACUACAAAGUAACUUUCCAAAUGGAUUCCCUAUCCGUUCUUGCAGAAAAAGAAGUCAAUGGAAAGCAAGUGUGCUACAAAUAUAAUUUCAUGGCGAGCUCAGUUUCCUGGUGUCCAAAAAAGCAUGACCUAUUUUGUCACUUUACCAAUGCUGCGAAUAAGUCAGUCCAGAGCCCUUCUAUGAAGCUUAACCUGGUUCGUGGAGAGAACAUCAUGUGCCAAGAUCCCAUAAUAGGUGUUGGGGAGCCUGGGAAAGUCAUCCAGAAACUGUGCCAGUUCUCAAAUGUUCCCAGCAGCCCUGGAGGGCCCACUGGCGGGAUCGUGACGUACAAAUGUGUAGGCUCCCAGUGGAAAGUGAAGAAGAAUGGCUGCAUCUCUGCCCCAAUAAAUAAUUUGCUCCAGCUGGCCAAGGCUUUGAUCAAGAGCCCUUAUCAGGACAAGAAGCUCCCAACAUACCUAAAGGAUCUUUCUAUUAGCACAGGCAAGGUGAAACACGAAGUCAGCUCAUUUCCUGGGAGCCUGGGAGCCAUCAUUAAUAUCCUUGAUUUGCUGUCAACGGUUCCAACCCAAGUGAAUUCAGAAAUGAUGACGCACGUUCUCUCUACGGUUAACACCAUCCUCAGCAAGCCCAUCUUGAGUACCUGGAAGGCAUUACAACAGCAACAGACCAACCAGAGCUCACAGCUCCUGGACUCAGUAGAACGAUUUUCCCGAGCAUUACGGCCGGAAGAUAACACUUUUCUGUCCAUCAACCAAACUAAUGUGCAGAUGAGGAGCAUGGUAAUAAAACCUGGCCAUCCAAAAGCCUACAAACAGAGCUUUGUUUUCGCAGACUCAGACCUGUGGGGCAAUGUGGCCAUUGAAAACUGCCAAUUGGGAAGUUUGCAGGAAGAUUCAUCUAUUGUCACCGUGGCUUUUCCAACUCUCAAAACCAUCCUCGCCCAGGAUGUCCAAGGAAAGAAUUUUGCAAACAGCUUAGUGAUGACCACCACUGUCAGCCACAACAUAACCAUGCCAUUCAGUGUUUCAAUGACUUUUAAGAACACCAACCCUUCAGGUGUGAUACCACGAUGUGUCUUCUGGAAUUUCAACCUCGCCAACCACACAGGGGGGUGGGAUAGUAGUGGGUGCUAUGUGAACAAAUUUGAUGAGGACAGUGUCUCCUGCAUCUGUGACCACCUAACAUCAUUCUCCAUCCUCAUGUCCCCCGACUCUCCAUAUCCUGGUUCUCUCCUGGAAAUACUCCUGAAUAUCAUUUCCUAUAUUGGGUUGUGCUUUUCCAUCUUGAGCCUAGCCGCCUGUCUGAUCGUGGAAGCCGUGGUGUGGAAAUCAGUGACCAAGAAUCGGACUUCCUAUAUGCGUCACAUCUGCAUAGUGAACAUUGCUGCCUCCCUUCUGGUUGCCGACAUCUGGUUCAUCGUGGCCACUACCAUUCAUGAUCUUUAUCACCCAUUCAAUGAGACAGCCUGUGUGGCCGCCACCUUCUUCAUCCACUUCUUCUACCUCAGCGUCUUUUUCUGGAUGCUGACUCUGGGCCUCAUGCUCUUCUACCGCCUGGUUUUCAUCCUGCAUGACACAAGCAAGUCCAUUCAGAAGGCUGUUGCAUUUUCUCUUGGCUAUGGCUGCCCUCUUGUCAUCUCAGUCAUCACAGUUGGGGCCACCCAGCCCCAAGAAGUCUACACAAGGAAGAAUGCCUGCUGGCUCAACUGGGAGGAUACCAAGGCCCUGCUGGCCUUCGUCAUCCCAGCACUGAUCAUCGUGGUGGUGAACAUGACCAUCACGGUUGUGGUCAUCUCCAAGAUCCUGAGACCUUCCAUUGGAGACAAGCCAAGCAAGCAAGAGAGGAGUAGUCUGUUUCAGAUCAGCAAGAGCAUUGUGGUCCUCACACCACUCUUGGGGCUCACCUGGGGUUUUGGUCUUGCCACUGUGUUCCAAGGAAGCAAUGCUGUGUUCCAUAUUAUAUUUACCCUCCUCAAUGCCUUUCAGGGGCUAUUCAUUUUACUCUUUGGGUGCCUGUGGGAUCAGAAGGUGCAGGAAGUCUUGCUGAAGAAGUUUUCACUGUCAAGAUGGUCCUCUCAGCACUCAAAGUCAACAUCCCUCAGUUCAUCUACACCAGUAUUUUCUAUGAGUUCUCCAAUAUCAAGAAGAUUUAACAAUCUGUUUGGUAAAACAGGAACAUACAAUGUUUCCACCCCAGAAACAACCAGCUCAUCCCUGGAAAAUACAUCCAGUGCUUACUCGUUGCUCAACUAACAACAGGAAAAUCACUGCAAAUGACUUCUUAAAGGACAGCGGAUGCGCUCUGAAGAAAAACAAAACAAAACAAAACACACCUCCUUCCAAAGCCAUGGGUAAACUGUUUUCUCCACAGGCUUCUUCCUGGAGCAGAUGCUGAAGAGACUUUUUCAUUGGGGAAGAAGCUUUCUUUCGUAAAGACAGACUAAAAGUCAUUGUUAAGUUUAUUUGCUGCCCCACCCCCACCUCUUGUGUGAUACUAAAUGUGUAUAGUAUUUAAGUGAAAUCCAAGUCCCUCAAGGGCCAAUUUCCCUGUCUGUAUUGUAAAAUAGAAUUUCAAAGAGACAUUUUUCCUUUUCACAUGCUGGGCACAAAAAUAAGCUUUGAUUAAAAUAAUAACUACAAGGCUAGUACCUAGGAAAUACUUCAGUGUAUUCUAAGAAGGAAGGAAGGAAGGAAGGAAGGAAGGAAGGAAGGAAGGAAGGAAGGAAGGAAGGAAGGAAGGAAGCAGGAAAAAAGAAAAAUAUAGAGAAAAACACUAAAAACUGCAUUAAUUCCAUGUUAAUGUAAUUAUUCAGACACUGCCACAUGGAGAUUACAAAAAAUGGCUCAAAAUGGAAACUGAAAUAAGCCAUGGGGAAAGUUUGGUAUCUUUCUGGUAUUUUCUUAGCUAUGAGGGAGGGAGAGAGAGAGAGAGAGAGAGAGAGGAAGAGGGAGAGAGAGAGAGGGACAGUGGGAAAAGAUAGGGAGAAAAUUGUAAUAUCAAGAUGCUUUCAAGUGGAUAAUAAUAUUUGUAAGAAAUGCAUGGAAGGAGACUUAAUUCUCCUGAUGCUAAAUACACGCACACAGAUGCUAUUAGUGCAUGGUAAGGUUUGAGCUCAGUGGACUGAGGAGGCAGAGGAAGUGUGAUUGAGACUCUUUAUCAGAUCCCAGGAGAUCCAACUGCUAAUUACAUCUGCAGUUUAUCAGAAAAGCCUUACACUUUUUGAAGGCAGAAAAUAUAUAUUUUUAUAUCCAUCACUUGCCAAAUGUGAUGUAUUGUGAUAUAAGUGUGAUAUAUUGCACUGAAAACAGAUCCCAACUGUCAUAUACUAUAUUUAACAGCUUUAACCAGGUACUUCUCUGGGCAUCAUAGGAUAGAUUUUAAUAAUCUUAUGGCAUGGUUUAUUCUUCUUGUUGUUGCUACCGUGGAUUUCGUGGCUCUUGGUGUGUUGUAUAGCUCCCUAUAUAUUAGCCCUUACAGUGCUUCAGUUCCAAGACCAAUAUAUGUUAAGAGUUUUGUAUUGUC